AAUAAUGAAUAUAAAGUUUGUUUACUAACAAAGGACUCAUAAGAUUUCCUCGAAAUAUCAAACAUUAGCGGAAGUAAGAACUGCCAUAUCAAACAUCUAUCCAAAUGAACUUUCCGAAGGGUUCUCCCUAUAUGUAACCUUGGAUUAAAGUAAACUCUUUAAAUUCAGAAUAGCCCAAUCUCCCUAUGAAAUUCAGGAUGAAUAGUUCUUCAAAAGGAUUAAGGACUUAUAUGGAUACCUAGGAUGGCAAUCAAUUAAGUUUCUCGUCAAAGAUGCAAAUUGCCCCAAUUUGACUCAAGAUGAGAUCAACACACUCAAUCAAAGUGUAGUGGUAAAAUCGAAUGUGUAAUUGAAAUAAUUUGAUGAUAUCUUAUUGACGAAGAAGGUUGCAGAUAAGUCCCAACCUUAAAAAUAGGAGAUUAAAGAAAGUAAUCCCUCACAUAAACCUUAAUAAACUAAAGAGGUAGAUGGAUUUACACAGGAGUAAAAGAUAUUUAAUAAUCAUCAGGGUGAUUUAGCAGAUAAAUAUGUUAUCAUUACAAGACGUAGAUUGCAAUAGCGAGGAAUUCAAAAAAUUUGUUUUCGAACUAAUUGAUGAGCGAUUAGUGUUUCAUGGAAUCCUUUAAAAUAAUUAAUAGCAAUAACUUAAGGAGGAAUAGCCAAUAAAUCCUAUAUAUAAAAUGCAGGUUUUGUAAAAAUAGAAUAAUCAAAUUCAUAUGGAGAUAGGGAAACCUUAUAAAUGGGAAAUACAGUUGAAAAAUGAUGGCAAUGUUGUUUGGAAAAAAGGAUUAGUAAAGUUAAUUGGCAUAGCUGGAACAUUUAAAGAUAUAAAAAUAGAAGUAUAUAUGUAAAUCAUGAACUUUUAGUUAUAAAACGAUGUUAAACCCUAGGAUACAGGAUUGUUUUCAUGUGUGUUGAAUCCACCAAACUAAAAGGUCAAUAAUGCCAUCAAUGAAUUUAAAGUAAUUGAAAACAAAGAUAUAUUAUAGUUGGCCCAUUUUUCAAGUAACAAACCAGAAUUUUUUGGCCAAAAGGUGUGUUUCUGUUUGUUUGUGAAUAAUUAGAUUGAGAAAAUUGAUAGACCAUCAACAAUAACCUAAAAAGAUGCUCAAUUUGAUAGUAAGAUAUAAUAUAAAAUUUAAGCUACCAUAAAGGAUUAACAACUAAAAACGAUUUAGACUUUAGUAUCUAUCCUGAGUAUCUCUUAUUCUGAUGCGUAACACUUUGUACAAUAAAACUAAAACCUAGAUGUACAAUAACUAAUUAAUGCCUACUUGGCAAAAAAGAAUUGAUUUAUUAGUUUAUAUAAGCUAA